AUGUCGGCUUUGCGAAGUGGUAUCAAGAACAGUAGCAGCCUUGGACUAGUCGUGAAGCCAGUUUGGACUGGUGGCGUAUCUGGAUCAACAGCGGCUCGCUUGAGCGGCAAUCUCCGGCUUUUCCAACCAAAGACGACCAUCAUGGCCGCUACACGGUCAUUGUCGACUCAGGUCUCGCCUCUCCAAAGCACCCAUCCUAGGCCAUCGCCGCCAACCCAAGCGACUGUGUUGGGGAAUGCGUCCCGAAAAUAUAGCCAGACAGCUAGACGCUCUACACCAGAGGCAGCUCUCAAACCUGGGGCCAACGGCUAUGCUGCGGACAUCGCUGAGGCUACGGCAGUAGCCCAGCAGCCGAUCAUUCACGAUGUCUAUGAGAGCAAGACAGGCACAUGGCAAUAUAUUGUCGUCGACCCUUCCACCAACAAGGCCGUGAUUAUCGAUCCUGCGUUGGACUACGAUCCAGCGACGCAGACCAUCACCUUUACGACCGCUGAUGCACUCCUUUCUCUGGUCCGUGAGAAGGGCUACAUCGUUGAUAUGAUUCUCGAAACCCACGCUCACGCAGACCACCUGACAGCAGCAUCGUACCUGCAAAGCCGUCUUGAGCAGGAGCAAGGCGAUCGGCCUUUCAUUGGCAUCGGAAAGCGCAUUGGACAGGUGCAGAAAUUGUUUGGCCAGAAAUACGGGGUCCCAGUGGAGGAGAUGGAAGGUGCUUUCGAUAAGCUUUUUGACGAUGACGAGGUCUUCCACGUUGGCAAUCUUGAAGCUACGGCUUUGCACCUCCCCGGUCAUACACCAGAUCAUUUAGGAUAUAAGAUUGGAGAUCAUGUGUUCUGUGGCGACUCCCUGCUGAACGUUGACAUCGGCACAGCGCGCUGUGACUUCCCCGGUGGAAGUGCACAAGACCUGUUCAAGUCAGGACGACGACUUUUAAGCUUGCCCGACCAUGUCAAAAUCUGGAACGGCCAUGACUACCCGUCGUCUACACGCACCGACCCGGUGCCUUACGUGACGGUUGGAAGCCACAGAGAGCACAACAAACACUUGAUGGACGGCGCAACAGAGGACCAGUAUGUCUCUUUACGGCGGCAGCGAGAUGCAACCAUGGGAGAGCCAAGAUUACUUCACCAGUCACUCCAGAUCAAUAUUAGAGGAGGACGACUACCUGAACCGACGGAAUCGGGGCAACGCUUCGUGCAUCUACCUCUCAAGAUGCUGGUUGAGGAAUGGUGA